GACCGAUAUCGGCUAAAAUCGUACAGAUUUCUGACUAUGUUGCUAGCUGGGUAUGUUUGUUUGUGUAUUGCUUACCUUUUGUAUUUGUUUGUUGACAGGUAUUUGUUUAUUUACACAGUUUAAAAUGUGUGUACAUAUGUUCCUAAAAUACUUGGGGCCUGCGGCACAUUAUACAUACGAAUAUAAUACGUAUGUAUGUACAUAUGUAUGUAUGUAUAUAAUGUGUAUAAUUUUUAUUUUAUCUAAAAAAAAGUAAUUGAUAAGCGCCUGACCACUAACAACGCAUGGCAACAAAUAUAUUAAAUAUAAACAUAUCUAAAUGCCUACAUUAAUGCAGAUAUGUACGUAUGUAUGUAACUACAUGAUAUCUACAUAUUUACAUAUGUAUAUGAUAUGUAUUAAUUAUCUAUUGUGAUUUAAUCAGAGGCUACAAUUAAUCGCGUACGUGAGCAAACAAUAAUAUAAGACAUUAUUUAAAAGCCAUCAUUUUUAACGCAGGAGCUGAGAAAUCAAUUAACUUUCUACCAUAAAACAUUCACCGUUUGGAGUUGUCAAUUGAAAGACAAUUUAAAGUGAAAACGUUUUCCUCUUUAUGUGAAUAUAAAGAUACGAAACGGUGAAAAGUAAAAAAGUGAUUUUCAAAAAUGACUGCUGUGGAUUCUAAAUCUGCAGAACGUUCUCUUUGGGAAAAUAUUUUGCAGCGAAUAGAGAUUUUUAUGUGGGUUUUAAAUCAAGCCUGUAUUGGAUUUGUAACGAUUUACAUGUUUUGGAUAUGUAUUUACAAAGGCAUGGGUACUAUGGAAUUACAUGCCUUCCUAGUAACCAUUGGGUUCUCUCUACUCAUGGCCGAAGGCAUAAUGUGUCAUUAUAGUAUUAACCCAUUAACAAAUGGUUUUAAACGCAAAACUAAAACUACCAUUCAUUGGGUACUACUCACAUUGGGCGGCGGUUGUGGUGUUGCCGGCUGUCUUGUUAUGAUAGUUAUAGUAAAACUAAAUAUGGAUCAAUUGCACAACAGACUGGGUUUCGCUGCUUUUAUUCUCUGUCUAAUCAGCAUGCUGUCCGGCUUGAGUGCCCUCUUUUCAAGUUAUUUACGUCGCAUUCUAAGUCCUUUACUAAAUAAAGGUUUUCACAAUUUAGUGGGAUUUGGUACAUUCUUAACGGCGCUGCUUGCACAAUAUUACGGUUACGAAUUCUUCCAUUCAAGUAUUAUAUGGUCAUUUAUAAAUGUACUACAAGUGGUGACCCUUGUCUCGCUAGUACUCACUUCCAUAGGCCCGCUUAAGGCACUUUAUCAGAAAAUCUCAAGUUAUUUUGAUUGAAUUAGACGUUAUCUAGUUUAGAAGCCAGGUAUCAAUGUAAGUGAUCAAAGUAGUUGUGAAGUAUUUUAGUUGUAAUUUUUUUUUUUGUAAAUACGAGUACAUUAUCAAGUUCAAGUAUAUGUAUAUAUAUAUCUAUCUAUGAAUGCAUGUAUUUGUACUAUACAUCAUUCAUUUUAUUCAUAAGAUUUGUAGAUAAGUGAAUAUUUUAUAGUUAAAAAGUAGUUUUGUAAUGUCGUAAUAAAAGGGAAUUUUAAUUUACUAAUACACCUUAUGUUUUGCACAUUAGGAUGCCUCGUUAGAAACAAUGCAGUGCACCAAAGUGAAUCAUUAGAUUUGGCUUAUUUAUGGCCCUUUUUAAUAUUGUUUUAAAGCUCGAUUUGUGAAUUGAGCUAAGUUGAAAAUGCGUCCCAA